AUGAUGGCGAGUCCGUCCCCGCCGACGAAUGGCAGCAGCAACAAUGGCUUUGUGUCCACGACCGUGCCCGCCGCGUCGGUCGGCCCCGACGGAGUUGUCCGGAGGAAGAAGAUUGCCAUUAUGACGUCUGGCGGCGAUUCACCCGGCAUGAACGGCGUCGUCCGAGCCUGCGUCCGCAUGGCCAUCCACCUGGGCUGCGAUGCCUUCUGCGUCUACGAGGGCUACGAGGGCCUGGUGCGUGGCGGCGACUAUAUCCGCCAGAUGGAGUGGCACGACGUGCGCGGCUGGCUGUCCGAGGGCGGCACGCUGAUUGGCACGGCCCGCUGUAUGGAGUUUUACGAGCGCGCGGGCCGCAUGAAGGCCGCCAAGAACAUGAUCCUCCACGGCAUCGACGCCCUCAUUAUCUGUGGCGGCGACGGCUCGCUGACGGGCGCCGACAAGUUCCGCGCCGAGUGGCCCUCGCUGCUCGAGGAGCUUGUCCACACCAAGGAGCUGACCGCGGACGCGAUCGCGCCCUACAAGCAUCUCAACAUUGUGGGCCUGGUCGGCUCCAUCGACAACGACUUGUCGGGUACCGACGCCACGAUUGGCUGCUACUCGGCGCUCGCCCGCAUCUGCGAGAUGGUCGACUACAUUGAGGCCACGGCCUCGUCGCAUUCGCGUGCUUUCGUUAUCGAGGUCAUGGGGCGCCAUUGCGGCUGGCUGGCCCUCAUGGCCGGCGUGGCCACCGGCGCCGACUUCAUCUUCAUUCCCGAGAAACCCCGCAAGGACAACUGGCGUGAGGAGAUGUGCGACAUCAUCCAGAAGCAUCGUGACCUCGGAAAGAGAAAGACGAUUGUGAUUGUCGCCGAAGGCGCGCACGACCGUCAUGGUAACCACAUCUCGCCCGAGAUGAUUCACAAGCUCCUCGCGGACAAGGAGGGCCUCGCUCUCGACACACGGAUCACGACUCUUGGGCAUGUGCAGCGCGGCGGUACGGCCGUCGCCUACGACCGGAUGUUGUCGACUCUGCAGGGCGUCGAGGCAGUGCGGGCCGUCAUCGAGGCGACGCCCGAAUCAGAGACCUGUUUCAUCGCCAUCACGGAGAACAAGAUUGUGCGGAAGCCUCUGAUGCAGGCCGUGCAAGCCACCAAGUCGGUCGCGAGCGCCAUCGAGGCCCGCGACUUUGACAAGGCCAUGAGCCUGCGGGACACGGAGUUUUCGGACCAGUACAGGUCGUACAUGAUGACGGCGACGGUCAACCUCGACGCGAAGCAGCUGUCCAGCGAGAAGCGCAUGAAAAUUGGCUUCAUCAACGUCGGCGCCCCUGCUGGUGGUAUGAAUGCGGCCAUCCGCGCCGGUGUUGCCUAUUGCAUCUCGCGUGGCCACGAGCCGAUUGCAAUUCAUAAUGGGUUUGCCGGGUUCUCGCGCCACCACGAGGACAGCCCCAUGGGCUCUGUGCGGCCCUUUGAAUGGCUCGAGGUCGACGGCUGGGCGAGCAAGGGCGGCUCGGAGAUUGGCACCAACCGUGAGCUGCCCAGCGAGUCGGGCAUGGAGCUGAUUGCGAACCUCGUCGAGCAAUACCGGUUCGAUGGCCUGUUCCUCAUUGGUGGCUUCGAGGCCUUCCACGCCGUGUCGCAGCUCCGCAAGGCCCGCAACGAGUUCCCGUCGCUCUGCAUCCCCAUGGCCCUGCUGCCGGCCACCAUCUCCAACAACGUGCCGGGCACCGAGUACUCGCUUGGCUCCGACACGUGUCUGAACGAGCUCGUCAGCUACUGCGACAAGAUCAAGCAGUCGGCCUCGGCCACGCGCCGCCGCGUGUUUGUGAUUGAGACGCAGGGUGGGCGGUGCGGCUACAUUGCCACGGUGGCCGGCCUGGGCGUGGGCGCCAGCGCUGUGUACACGCCCGAGGAGGGUCUCAGCCUGGAGAUGCUGGCGGCGGACGUGCGGCACCUUAAGGAGGUGUUUGUCAACGACAAGGGCCAGUCGCGCGCCGGACGGCUGAUUCUGAUCAACGAAAAGACGAGCCGCGUGUACAGCGCCAAGCUGAUCGCCGACAUUAUCCGCGAGGAGGCCCACAACCGUUUUGAGUCCCGGGACAGCAUCCCCGGCCACGUCCAGCAGGGUGGCGUGCCGUCGCCCAUGGACCGGUGCCGGGCCGCCCGUCUGGCCAUCAAGUGCAUCGAGCACCUGGAGACGUUUGGCUGCAACGCGCACAACCGCGUCAAGAAGGACCCGCUGUCGGCUGCUGUUAUCGGCAUCAAGGGUGCCAGCGUCGUGUUCUCGCCCAUGGAGACGCUCGAGGAGACGGAGACGGACUGGCCGAACCGGCGCCAGCGCGCGUCGUACUGGUACGACAUGAAGGAGGUGGUCGACGUGCUCGCGGGCCGCCCAUCGCACCAGUCGCCCGAGACGAGCCUGAGCGGCCUGGCGGCCAAGGACGCCAAGCGCGGCAUCGUCACGCAGUGA